GCGAGCGGAGCUGACAGCGCGGAGCUAGCGCUGCGGGACAUAGGGAACCUUGCCGGUUCCUCUCUGGCUGGCGUCUGCGAGUACAUCGGCGACUGACCCGCUUGGGUUCGAGGAUUUGUACAAACGUGGAGCGAUGGUUGUGACUCUCCAGCUCCUCAAAGGUCCCUAGAAGCUUGUUUCUCCGCAGCAGUCCAGGACCUCCAGCCCCAUGGAGCCCCCAAUCCCACAGAGCGUCCCUUUAACUCCCAGCUCAGUCAUGGUGCAGCCCCUUCUUGACAGCCGGAUGCCCCACAGCCGGCUCCAGCACCCACUUACCAUCCUCCCCAUUGACCAGAUGAAGACCAGCCACGUGGAGAACGAUUAUAUAGACAACCCUAGCCUGGCCCCUCCAACUGGUCCCAAGAGGACCCGGGUUGGGGCCCCAGAGCUGGCCCCAACACCUGCUCGCUGUGACCAGGAUGUCACCCACCACUGGAUCUCCUUCAGUGGACGCCCCAGCUCUGUGAGCAGUAGCAGCAGCACCUCCUCUGACCAGCGGCUUCUAGACCACAUGGCUCCACCACCUGUGGCCGAGCAGGCCUCGCCCAGGGCCGUGCGCCUCCAGCCCAAGGUGGUGCAUUGUAAGCCACUGGAUCUCAAGGGUCCAGCCGUCCCACCAGAGCUGGACAAGCACUUCUUGCUGUGCGAGGCCUGUGGGAAGUGUAAAUGCAAGGAGUGUGCGUCCCCUCGGACGUUGCCCUCCUGCUGGGUCUGCAAUCAGGAGUGCCUGUGCUCGGCCCAAACCUUGGUCAACUACGGCACCUGCAUGUGCCUGGUGCAGGGUAUUUUCUACCACUGCACCAAUGAGGACGAUGAAGGCUCUUGUGCUGACCACCCUUGCUCCUGUUCCCGCUCCAACUGCUGCGCCCGCUGGUCCUUCAUGGGCGCCCUCUCCAUGGUGCUGCCCUGCCUGCUCUGCUACCUGCCAGCCACGGGCUGUGUGAAGCUGGCCCAGCGUGGCUAUGACCGCCUUCGCCGCCCAGGUUGCCGCUGCAAGCACACGAACAGCGUCAUCUGCAAGGCCGCUGGUGGGGAUGCCAUGGCCAGCAGACCCGACAAGCCUUUCUGACACUUUGGGUCAACGCCCCAGCACUGCCCCUGGAAACAUGGGUCACUCCUGCCUGCCUCCUGAGGCC